UCUCAUUGUGAGUCGUACUGACCUUCACAUUCAUUUUUAAAACACGAAAAGUACAGUUUAAUAGUUCUGAAAUGAAAUCUGCACGGUUCUUUAAAUGGUAUCCUAGGUUCAGUGAUAUUUACUUUUACCUUUUUGUACAGUUGCACGUCUUUGGCAUCCAAAAUGAUUAAGCAAACAGGUGCACAGAAACCUUAUUUUAGAUUUGCACUAAGGGAGUACCCCAGAGAACCCUAAAUGCUGUUAUUUCAGUACCAUGGUAUAAACCGAGGUAUCAACUAUUUUACCUUUUCUGUACCAUAGUACCCCCAGAGUACUUUUGUGUUACCAUGGUAAGAUUGGAAAAACAUGCUGCUACCUCGAGGUGCUUCGAGUGUGAGACCAGUUGGAAAACUUGUUAAGAGUAGUUAUUCCAGUGAAGAGCAAGAGUAUUUAUCCAGUCUACCAGUUAUGUUACUUCCAGAAAAUUGGUUUAUUAGUCAUAUUAAUAAUUCACAAUUUCCUUAUGCAGAACAACAGCCCUUUUUUUGUGUUUCAGGUGUGUAUUUACAGCCAUCAUUUGAAUAUUGUUAGUGUGCAGCUGUUUUCAUUUCACUCUCUGGAUAUACUUUUGCAUACGUUUUGCAUAUGAGCUAUGGAUGGGACUACUAGAAACAGCAGACUUUUUGAUAAAAUAACGAUAUUUGAGUAGUUAAAAAAGGCAUAAACAUGAACCCACGCAAAUAUAAAACAAUCCUUUUUCCCUUUGUUUAAAUAAUAAUCGUAACAGUUUCUUUUUUCAGCCCCUUUUGCAGUUCACUUUCACAACGUAUGAACGUUUUUAUAUUCAAAGUCUUAAAUACAAAAUGAUUGUAAAACUACAUAAAAAUGACAAGGUUAGAAAUAUUGUGCAUAGAAACAUUUUAGAUGAUGUAAAGCAUAUUACGCUUGUGUUGCCCUGCUUUCUGUGUAUUAAAUCUCUAUGGCAUUGUAAAUUUUUAACCUAAAAAAAGGCAAGGGAAGUUUAUAAACCCCAGUCUUUUUCCUGGUUUAGUAAGCUAUUGUUGAGCAAGGGCUAAACUGUAAUACUUAUCACUUUUUAAUGUCAUUUCUUCAUCACAUUAUCAGCAUGCCCAGUCUUUUGUGGUGCGACCACACCAGUCUUGCAUCGGGAGCAAAAAUGCAAGCAGACAGCUUUUAAUUCACAUUUUAUGCGAACAACAGUUCAGGUCGGCCUAGGCAAAAGACGUACAGAUUGACCUCUUGGCUCAGUGGCUCAUUAUUUUUUUUAUUAUUGCGUUUUAUUGAAUUAUAAAAACCACAAACCCCAGAGAACGACAUCUUGUUGUAGCUGAAAAUGAUAAUAUUCUGCAUGCUUAAAGGAUUAGUUCACUUUCAAAUGAAAGUUUCCAGGUAGUCACGUACUCCUUUCUUCCGUCUAAAAGAAACCAAGGUUAAAGCUCUUGCGUUCACAUCGGUUACUCCAUCUUGGCUCGACGCCCCCCAAGAACCUGACAUGAAUCAGACGUGCGAGGAAAGUGACGAUUUCAAAUAUUUGGCGUACAAAGUCACGUACAGUGUCGUGUUUCCCAUUGGAUUUUUCAGCAACUCCGUGGCUUUGUUCGUCUUCCUGCGCCUCACUCCAAAGACGUCGGCCAACACCGUAUUUAUGACAAACCUGGCUAUUUCAGAUGUUGGCUUUUCCUUGACGUUGCCCUUCCGUCUGGUCUACUAUUUUAGAGGCGGUCAGUGGGACUUUCCAGACUGGUUUUGCCGCUGGUGUGUAUAUUCCUUUUACGUCAACCUGUACACGAGCGUAUUGUUUCUGACAGGUCUUAGCGUACUGCGGUACAUUGCUGUAGUUUAUCCCAUGCGCAACAAGACCCUGGCUACGGUAUGGAGAGCCAGAAUAUCAUGUUUUGCGAUCUGGGUUUUUGUGGCCUGUUUGUCAUUGCCUUUCCUCAUGACGGGUACUACCAAGCGGAAUAACGUGACGCGUUGCUUUGAACCGGGCAACAACAAGUCAUGGAGUCGCAUAUAUAGCUUGAACUAUGCGGGGGUUUCGUUUGGAUUCGUCAUUCCGUUCAUUAUAAUUCUCAUCUGCUACGGGUGCAUCAUCUACAAACUCAAAGAAAAAAACCUCGUCAAUCGAAGAAGAAACACCCGCCGACGCUCUCUGUAUUUGAUCGUCGUUGUCCUGAGCACAUUCCUGCUGUGUUUCCUACCAUAUCACAUCGCUCGCACACUCCAUCUCUACGCCAAGGUUUUAAAUGAGAGCUGCCCGGUCAUCGAGUUCCUCUUGAAAGUUCUGGUGGUCUCUUUGUGCACGGCGGCAUCCAACAGUUGCUUCAACCCCUUGUUGUACUACUUCGCAGGAGAGACGUUCCGCACGACCAUCCGUAGAGUUUCAGAUCGAAGGACUUUAGGUUCGCUCAGCAACAGUGGCCUUUAUCCGUCUUUUCGUCGCCGAAGCAGCUCCCAGAAGUCAAGGCGCCAAGGCUUCACCUCGGUACGCCAAGACUUUCUGCAAUGCUCCUGCCAGGUCAUAAACGAACAGGCACCCGACGAGUGCAAGUCUGACAAGCAGUGCAAACUGUCUGACUCUGAAGAAAAGCAAGUCCGUGAUGAUUUGCUGUAGUAAAAGAUAGUUGCACUUGACGAAGAGGAAGAAAUUCGAGUGCAUGAAAACUAUGUCUUGAAAAAGUGAACGUAGAGCAUCUAGGUUGUUUUUCCACUGCUUUUUUUUAAAGUUCUCAACCAAAAGACUGAAAUGUGAAAGAUGUUGUGCAUUGGAUGAAAUGUGGGUGAACUUCACACAACCUCAGAAAUAGGUCAUGUUUAGAUUUGUGCAUUUGGCAAAUGCUUUUAUCCCAAGAAAGUGGCAUCCUGGACAUGUUCUUGCAAGAUUAAUCCGAGUACGCGCUUAAAAAAACGUGGCAUAAAAAUUACUUUGUUGGCUUCCCAAAAAAACCUAUUCAGUAAACCAUUUUUCAUUCAGGAACAUUUUAGAACGUUUUUACACCAAAUGUUUUACGUAGAACGAUAAAUGCCUGCGAUAGCGACCAAAGUUUGUUGUUUGAACAGUUCUUCCGAGUUAAAAAAAAAGGUGUUAAAAGCAUAAUUAAACCAAAUUACUAUUAAACAGUCUGAAAAGA